AUUUUAUUUUAUUUUUUUAUUUUCUAUUUUUUAUUUUUUACCAAACAUUAAAGAAGAAAAGAAAAAUGUCAUAUAAUCAGCCUUAUGGAGGUGGAUAUAAUCAAAAUCAUGGAGGUGGUGGAUACCAACAAGGUGGAUACCAACAAGGGGGAUACCAACAAGGUGGAUAUCAACAAGGUAGUUAUCAACAAGGAGGUUAUCAAGCAGCUGCCAGACCACCACCACCACCACCACCAGCAGCACAGCAACAACAGACACAAUCACCUUAUAUUGGAUAUAGUAGACCCGCACCACCACCACCUAAUACUGGAUAUCCUCCCCAACAAAGCUAUGGUAGACCGCCACCACCCCCUCCUUCAAGUCAGCCUUUAGGCCCACCACCAGGAGCUGACCCUCAGCUUUGGAGUUGGUUCACAGCUGUAGAUACUGAUCAUUCAGGUCAACUUUCAGUACAUGAACUUCAGCGUGCCUUAGUAAAUGGAGAUUGGAGUCCAUUUAAUAUCGAAACAGUUCGCACAAUGGUUAAUAUGUUCGAUAAAGAUAAUAGUGGUACGAUUGACUUUCAUGAGUUUGCUGGAUUAUGGAAAUAUAUUGAGGACUGGAAAAGAUGUUUUCAAACUUUUGACGCUGAUAAUUCAGGAAACAUUGAUUAUAGUGAAAUGAGUAAGGCGUUAAAGACUUUUGGUUAUAAUUUAUCGGAUCAGUUUGUUCGCGUUUUAGUGCAGAAAUUUGAUAAAUACGGCAACGGCAAUAUCACCUUUGAUAAUUUUGUUCAAGCAUGUGUUACAGUUAAAACACUUACAGAUUCUUUCAGACAAUUCGAUACAGAUAACGAUGGUUGGAUUCAAAUUAAUUAUGAACAGUUUUUGGAAUUAGUCAUUCGUCAGCGUUCUUAAAUAAUAAAAUUAUAUGUAG